GGACUCUCCAUCCUCCAGCUGUAACAGCACUCAGGAUUUCAUCAUGUGUUCCUGUGAGGUUCGUGGAAAUCCAUCUCCUACACUGGAAUGGAGUUUCUCUGUUCAAACUCUCUCUUCAUCUGAGGUGACGUCUAUCCACGUGGAGUCUGUGUGUAACACGAGCUUAAACAGCUUUAUUACAAUCCGUCAAUCAUUUAUAGACACACCCACUCUGCAGUGCACUGGUUCCAACAACCUGGGUGUUGACACGCACCUGUUUAAUCAUAGCCUUUCAGAAUGUGGACACACUACAGACCCUCAUCUGGUUCUCUCUCUCUCUCUGGUUCUCCUUCACUGUGUUGGCGUUAUUGGAGUUCUCAUCUACAAAUUAAUGCAAUUGUCCAGGAAAAUAAAUACAGAGUAGAUACGUACCCUUCUCUGGAGCUCUCUGCUGUUCAGGACUCUAACAGAGAUGUUCAGGACUCUAACAGAGAUGUUCAGGAGUCUAACAGAGAUGUUCAGGAGUCUAACAGAGAUGUUCAGGAGUCUAACAGAGAUGUUCAGGACUCUAACAGAGAUGUUCAGGAGUCUAACAGAGAUGUUCAGGAGUUUAACAGAGAUGUUCAGCACUCUAACAGAGCCUCAUGGGAAGAAAACACAGCACACGUCUUACUGUUAGAGUAACAUUAUAAAGAGGUUUCAUGAUAAAGCAGAGUUCCUAUAACAGCACAUCCACAUGUGGCUUUUUAUUCUUAUACCACUGCAAUUUGUCAACAAUUACAAUUUUUUAUCAACAGCUUCUCUUUUUCUUGAAGUUAUUAAGAAUCAAAAUGCAGCUUGUUAUAUUAAAAAUAAAGCAUAAACUCCUUUUACCUGCAAAUGAUGAUAUAUUUUAUCGUAUAAACUUAUUUCUUUCUUUACAAAACUGACCUGUGUUCAUAUGUUAGUCCAUGUAUUGUAUAUUGUGUUAUUAUUUUUACAGAGAAUGUGAAUCAAUAUUAUAAAAACAUUUAUAGAAAU